AUGAGCAUCAACACCGAAGAACAUUCUUCUCUCGCCACUCUACUCUAUCCCCCGGGAGUAGAUGGAAGGCCUUCAGACGAGAACGACAAUCAUCAUGGUCUAAUGGAGUAUCUUCAGAAUGAUUUCCCACAUACUGAGACAAACAAUGCUGGACAUCAGAAUGCUGGUCGUACAGACCACAAUUCCCUCCCACCGCUUCCAGGAAAUAACCUGAUUUCUGAUAAAUCCAAUACAUCUUCAUCCGGCAGAAUCCCAUCUCAACCUAUAACAUCGCAAGGACAAUUUACUUCUUCCUUUCAACAACAAGGCGAAACUCAAGUAAACAAUCAAAGAUCACCAUCACCACCUAAUCCAUCAAUUCCAAUCCCCAAUUCACUCGCUAAAUUAGCGAACCAAACAAUAUCUUCGUUGUCUUUACCUGAUCCUUCGAUACUAUAUGGACAAGAGGCAGUUGAGCGAGCCGCCUUAUUAGCUCAUGUAGGUGAUAGAGGUGAAAUGGGUGGCAAAAGAAGAAAAGCUCCUCACGAAAGAGCAGGCUGGAAAGAAAUGGAUUCGCAACCUAAUGGUGCUAAACGAAGAAGAGGUAGAAAAAGUGAUAUGGCCAGCUCUAACAAUAACAUCGACCAUACCAUCGUCGAAGAUCUAUCUAAUCUUUCAAAUCCCUCGAAUACCUUGUUAGGUCAUCAAGAACAACAAUCACAGCUCCUACAAGAACAGAGACAACAGACACAAACACAACCUCAGCCACAACAACAAAUUCAGCAGAAAAACGACGGUAGAGAUAUAUACGAGAAUGAUCUGAGACAUCUAACUCAGCUAAGUCAGAAUCUAUUAAGGCAAGACCCAACCGAAAAAGUACCCACCAUCGACCCUCAAUCCCAAUUUCCGUUACAAACCAAUCAAGGUGAACCUGCUACCGAUAAUAACGAUUCCAAGUAUCUAGAUCCUGCACUAGCUCCCACGCAAAGAGAAAUAACACCUACUCAGCCUCAGCCAAGUGAUGCGCAAAAUCCGAACAGUCCAGGAGGCGACUCCAAACUGUCCAGAGCGGAGCAGAACAAACGAGCUCAACAAGCUUUCAGAAGAAGGAGAGAAGAACAUAUGAAGAAACUUGAAUCUGAUUCUGUUCAAUUGGGCUUAGUGAAAAGGCAAAUGGAACAGAAAGAUGCCAUGUUAAGAGAUCUCGUACUGGCUCUCGAGUCGUCUAAAAUUGAAAUAGCAGCGUUGCGAUCAUCGCUGCAAUUUGUAAUCCCACAUUCGUCCGUGUACCCUCUGACCGAACAAGGCACCCUCAAUCUAGGUGAAGAGAUCACAAUCUCCAACGAACGACCAGCGACAGAGGAUGAAUUGCUCAAUGCCUUUGAUUUACUGGAAAGACAAGCCAGGGAAGUAGCGAAGCAGAAUCGUUCGAGGGACAAUUGA